AUGCAUUGGAAAUUUGUGGAAUGCGUACGACUCACAUUUAUAUUCUUCUCUUUCACAGCUUUCGCAUGGCCAUACGAUGAAACACUCGUUUCCUAUAACCUCAACGAAAACCAACACACGAGAAAUCCUGCCGAGUACUGGGGCGAAUGGCCGAAUCACACUUACUUCCCUUCCCCAGAAAACUGGCGGUUCCCAGUCUAUUCGCUUUUCCUCGAUCGGUUUGUCAAUGGCGAUCCUACCAACGACAACAUCAAUGGCACCCUCUUUGAGCAUGACUUGAACUCAAACCAGAUGCGUCAUGGAGGGGAUGUCGUUGGUCUUUUGGACACAUUGGAUUAUUUACAGGGAAUGGGAAUCAAGGGAGUCUAUCUUGCUGGAACGGUGUUGAUGAAUCAGCCUUGGGGCUCUGAUGGCUAUUCGGCACUGGACACUACUUUGCUUGACCAGCAUUUUGGUACUAUCCAGACAUGGAGGGACGCAAUCACGGAGAUCCAUAAUCGGGGGAUGUAUGUGAUUUUCGAUAAUACUAUUGCGACUUUGGGCGAUCUGAUUGGGUUCGAAGGAUUCUGGAACGAGACCGGCUACCCAGUGGACAACUACGUGGAAGACGAGCUGGGAGGAUGCUAUGACAGCGAUUUCGACCAAUAUGGUGAUAUUGAAGCUUUUGGCGUGUACCCAGAUUGGGAAAGAGAAUUGGCCAAAUUUGCGUCUGUGCAAGAUCGCCUGCGAGAGUGGGUGCCUAGUGUCAGGGAGCGCCUGGUUCGUCACUCGUGUAUGAUUAUUGCUUCCCUGGAUAUUGACGGGUUUCGCUAUGAUAAAGCGACGCAGGCCACAGUCGAUGCCCUCGGAGAUAUCUCUGGAGCCUAUCGAGAUUGUGCCAGACGCGUGGGAAAAAACAACUUUUUCUUGCCCGGUGAGAUAACAGGAGGUAACACGUUUGGGUCAGUCUUUCUUGGCCGAGGUCGUCAACCCGAUAUGCUCCCAAAGACCCUGGACGAAGCAUUCCAGUUGAAUGGCUCAUCCAACUCAAGCUACUUCAUCCGUGGUGAGAACAAACAGGCUAUUGAUGGUGCUGCUUUUCAUUAUUCCGUUUACCGCUCUCUCACGCGGUUCUUGGGCAUGGAUGGAAACCUUGCAGCUGGUUAUGAUGUCCCAGUCAAUUGGACAGCCGCAUGGUAUGAGAUGAUCUUGACGAACGAUCUCGUCAAUGCAAAUACUGGAAAGUAUGACCCUCGUCAUAUGUUUGGUGUCACAAAUCAGGAUGUCUUCCGUUGGCCAGCUGUCGACAUGGGCAUAGAGAGGCAGCUUCUCGGUUUGUUCAUCACAAUCCUUCACCUGCCUGGCAUACCAUUGCUGCUGUGGGGUGAAGAGCAGGCGUUCUAUAUCCUCGAUGCAACUGCUUCCAAUUACAUCUAUGGGCGACAAGCAAUGUCACCGGCGACAGCUUGGAAGACACACGGGUGCUUCGAAUUGACGUCCAAGCAAUACUACAACUGGCCCAUCAAGUCUGGGCGGUUAGGAUGUCAUGAUGAGCGUGCCACCUACGAUCACCGAGAUCCUUCGCACUUUUUGCACAAUACUAUCAAGCACAUGUAUCAGAUGCGAGAGAACUUCCCUGCGCUGAACGACGGAUGGUGGGUACAGCUACUGUCGAAUCAAACUCGCAAUAUCUACUACCCAGGCUCAAAUGGAAUACCCACAGAGACGGGAAUGUGGUCCGUUCUGCGAAGUCCCUACUAUCAAGUGCAAGAUCUUGGCACAGACGGCAAUCAAACAAUCUGGCUGGUAUACCACAACGACCAUCGGGCUGUCACAUACGAUUUUGACUGCUCCAGUAAGAUCGCUGCUCUCAUUGCACCAUUUGAUUCUGGAACCACUGUCAAGAAUCUCUUCUAUCCCCAUGAUGAGAUUACUCUUAGGACUAGCUCAACUUACAUGCACCUCAACGGUACCACAAAAUCGAACGGCUGCUCAGAGAGUAUCACAUUGGCUCCUUACGAGUUCAGAGCUUACGUGCCAAAAGACAAAUUUGUCGCGCCACGCCCAAUGAUCACAAAAUUCACUCCUGGUCACGACUUUCCGGUUCUUUCCACUGGCGAACCGGGCCAGCUAGAGACUCUUCAAAUUGGCCUGUACUUCUCAACUGAGAUGGAUUGCGCCAAGGUGUCGCAGGCCAUCUCAUUCCAGUCAUCAUCCGAAUCAGGAACCAGCCCCUUGAUUGAUUUGGACACUGUUGACUGCGAGGCUGUUGUCAAUGACAGAAUCUCAUAUUCCGGUCAAAUUCCCUCCAAAUGGGUGUGGACUGCAACCCUUACGGGCGUUGAUCACGGGAUCCAUCGCAUAACCGUUCGCAAUGCCACCAGCAUCGAUGGGCGUACCACCAACGCCGUUGACCAUUUCCUGAUUCGCGUCGGUAAGAGUGAUAACCCUAUGGUUUUCACAUCAGCGAAUUACUCCAAGAAGCUGCUCCAUCAACGCAACGACGGCUCUCUUUUCAUUCAGCACCGUGCACCUGGAGCUGACAAGUAUCGCUACUCAACCAACUGGGGCAGCUCCUUUAGCCAGUGGCUUCCAUAUCAUGGAGGUAACCAGUCGAUUGAAGAAUUAUCAUGGUCAGGGACGGAGAGGCAGCGAUGGGAAGGAAAACACAUUCGUGUGGAGUACUGGAGUCGUUUGACAGGAAGCAGUGAUUAUUUUCAAGAAGGAGACGAUGCCGACUGGAAUUCUAACAUGCCUCGCCGCUGGCCACAUUUGUUCUUCAACGGGCCAUUCAACAAGUACGGUUAUGAUGCUGGCCUGGCAAAUACUUUCAAGCAAGGCACUGACGGGAUUUGGCAUUUUCGCUUCGCAGCAGAGUGGCCAGCUCAGGGCCAACUCAAUGUUUGGGGCAUCAACCCUGAUGGCAAGCCUGAUCAGAGCUAUGUGUUUGGGGAUGCAGACGGUGACUCGGUGCUGGAUCGUCUACCCCCAUCUUCGCAGACGCCGUCCACCAUCAACAUCACUGAGCAUCCACCGGACCCUUAUCUGACAUGGAGUAUCCAUGUCAAUGACGCAACUCUACGAUUCCACUUGCUCCCAGCCGGUUCGAAGUAUAUCCAAAUGGCACUCUUCUUCUUGCUCUGGAUCGUUCCGCUAAUCACAGCUGUGGCUUGCGCAUACAUCUUCAAAAAGACCUUCUACCGAAUCAGAUUCAACCGGAUCGGCGUGGGUGAGAAGAAAACUCUGGUAUCCUUGGAUUUUCUUCGGAAAAUCAACCCGACUAGCAUCAAAGCUGCUGGGCGUCGAGGCGUGCUGGCGCGUUUGAGCAACAAUUCGAGAUUUCUUCAAAGCACAUCGGCAUUUGGUAAUCGAUCAUCUCAUCGACGAAAAGUACUGAUUGCGACCAUGGAGUAUGACAUUGAAGAUUGGGGGAUCAAGAUCAAAAUCGGGGGCCUUGGUGUGAUGGCCCAACUUAUGAGCAAGCAACUUGGCCACAUUGACCUUAUUUGGGUGAUUCCAUGCGUGGGUGGUAUCACAUAUCCACUGGACGCCCCAGCCGAAUCGAUGUUUGUCAAAAUCCUAGACAACACCUUCGAAGUCAAGGUUCAGUAUCAUGUCCUGAAAAAUAUCACUUAUGUUCUCCUCGACGCCCCAAUUUUCCGGCAACAAUCCGCCAAGGAGCCCUACCCAGCGCGCAUGGAUGAUCUUUGCAGUGCUAUUUACUAUUCCGCCUGGAAUCAGUGCAUUGCUCAAACCUUGACGAGGUUUGCCGUCGACUUGUACCAUGUCAAUGACUACCACGGAGCCAUCGCUAUGCUGUACCAGCUCCCUAAGACAGUACCGAUAUUCCUUUCUCUUCAUAACGCAGAAUUUCAGGGUCUGUGGCCGAUGCGUACUCAAAAAGAAAAAAAGGAAGUUUGCUCGGUGUUUAAUCUUGACAUGGACGUUGUCACUCGCUAUGUUCAAUUUGGCGAAGUCUUCAAUCUACUUCACGCCGGCGCAAGCUAUCUACGUCUUCAUCAGCAGGGAUUCGGUGCCGUUGGGGUAUCUAAGAAAUACGGCAAAAGGUCAUAUGCGCGUUACCCUAUAUUUUGGGGAUUGAAGAGGGUGGGGAACCUGCCAAAUCCCGAUCCAUCAGACACGGGGGAAUGGAUCAAGUCGAAAACGCAGGAAAAGGACAUCAGGGUCGACAGUGAUUACGAGGUGCAGCGCGUUGCACUCAAACGGCAAGCGCAAGAAUGGGCUGGGCUAGAUCAAAUUGUCGAUGCUGAUCUUAUGGUGUUUGUGGGUAGAUGGUCGAUGCAGAAAGGAGUCGAUUUAAUUGCAGACGUGAUGCCGGCCGUUCUUGAAUCUCGGCCUCGGGUUCAACUUAUCUGCGUUGGGCCUGUUAUUGACUUGUACGGGAAAUUCGCAGCAUUAAAACUCGAUCAAUUGAUGCGGCUUUAUCCGGGUCGUGUGUGCUCAAAGCCUCAAUUCACUGUCUUACCACCCUUUAUUUUUUCGGGUGCAGAGUUUGCGCUCAUUCCCUCUCGCGAUGAACCAUUUGGACUGGUUGCUGUCGAAUUCGGCCGCAAAGGUGCCCUUGGAAUUGGUGCCCGAGUUGGUGGACUUGGUCAGAUGCCGGGUUGGUGGUACGAAGUCGAGUCUACAACAACGAGCCACCUUCUCAAACAGUUCAAGCUGGCUAUUGAUAGCGCUCUGAGUUCAAAAAAAGAAACGAGGGCGAUGAUGCGGGCCAGGUCGGCGAAGCAGCGUUUUCCUGUCGCGCAAUGGAUUGAGGACCUGGAGAUCCUCCAAUCGACCGCGGUCCGCAUUCACGACAAAGAGAGGAUCAAAUCCGGGUCUUCAAACUCGGACACCGAAAGCAAUGGCGCAUAUAACGCAAUUUAUGGCAUGAUGACUCCUCAGACCAGUGGCUCAGCUCGAUCUUCUGCGUCGAGUACAACCUUGGCACCACCGCCACGGUCUCCCAGUCGUCCAGUUACCUUGGCAUCCCUCCGAAGAAACUCUGUUUUCAACAGUCGCGAGCCACCCCACGAUCGGAGCAGGCCCAUGAUGAGCCAUGGCCGACAUCACUCUUUUGGUGUGACCAGUAGUAACCAGUUCGCCCGCAAUGGCACAGAACCUCCACGCGCUCGCGAUUUGAGGAGGGACAGGGUUGGCGACGUCAAGAAUAUGCCAAAUGAGGUUUCAGCGAACCUUGAAGACGAUGUUGAGAACGAAAUGAUGUCCACUUGUUUUGGAGACGAUGAAUAUCCGGCCCUGGGUGAUAUCAAUGACAGGGGAAGCUUAAUGUGCGCCUCCUUCGCAGUCCCUAAUCCUUUAGGGGCUUACCCAAUGAAAGAUGGAUCGUCCUCUCCAUGCUCACAUCAAAGCUUGUUUCCCGGUCACUACGUAAACAGUCCCUCCGGCUCAACAACACCAACAUCGAUAGGAACAGACGACACCCUCCUUCCACCUUCAAGACCACGAGUUGAUUUUGGAAGCCGUUUAAGUCAGUCGUCGGUUCUGUCAGUAGACUCUGUUGUGGGCGACAAGAAGGAUUACAAGCUGCAGAAGGUCGAUCCUUUCUUCACAGACAGCAAUGAGGAAUACUACCGAGAAUUUGAAAAAAGGCUUCAGGAUUUGAAUGGGUCAAACUCGGAACAGCAGCUUUGUAUCGAGCAAUUUCUCGAGAAAAGCGAGAAGAAGUGGUUUGAUCGAUUCCGCGACGCCCGUCUCGGUCGCAACCAGUCACAGACACCCCUUCUCCAGAGCAGCAAAGCAGUUAAGAGCGAGUCCCCUCCAAGUUCAGUCAAUGUGGAUGACUCAAGUUCCCACGAAGGUGGCAUGCAAGAAAGAAAGCAGCCGGAUGAAUUCCUUUUGGGGGACGACUACGUACCACCCACUGGGUUAAAGAAGUGGAUGCAGAUGCGCCUAGGGGACUGGCCAGUAUAUUCCUUGUUCCUUGGCCUCGGUCAGAUCAUUGCGGCCAAUUCUUAUCAAAUAACAUUGUUAACUGGGGAGGUUGGGCAAGGCGAGACAAAGCUAUACGGUAUUGCUACCGUCUAUCUGGUGACAUCGAUUCUAUGGUGGCUUUUCUUCCGGUUCUGCAAGUCGGUCCUCGUGCUUACGGUGCCAUGGUUCCUAUACGGCACAGCCUUUUUCAUCAUCGGCUUUGCCCACUUCGAGCCUGAUUUCUUUAUUCGCGGCUGGAUCCAGAACAUCGGCAGCGGUGUGUACGCUGCAGCUUCGUCUAGCGGGUCGAUCUUCUUUGCACUCAACUUCGGCGACGAGAGCGGCGCUCCCGUCAAGCAAUGGGUGUUCCGGGCUUGUCUCAUCCAAGGCACUCAGCAGGCCUACGUUAUCGCUCUGUGGUAUUGGGGCUCAACAUUGACUAAAGCAUCCAGUGCCGGACUCUUAAGUUCCCAGGGCAACAUCACCAAUACGUGGAGAAUGACUGCCAUAUGUGUGCCGAUCACACUUUUCCUAUGGGCAGUUGGCUUCCUGAUUUACUUUGGCUUGCCGAACUAUUACCGACAAACUCCUGGCAAGGUCCCAUCAUUUUACAAAUCAGUCUUUCGCCGCAAGAUCGUUCUUUGGAAUUGGGUCGUUGUGAUACUGCAAAAUUUCUUCUUGAGCGCACCCUACGGCCGCAAUUGGAAUUUGGCUUGUGGACUCGGAGCCCCCAGAUGGGCUCAAAUAUGGUGGGGAACAUCAGGAUCAGGCCUCUAUUUACCCUGGGCUGGGAGCUAUGUUUCCGGCGCCCUCGUCUCGCGCAGUCUAUGGUUAUGGCUCGGAGUAAUGGAUGCACUGCAGGGCCUCGGCUUCGGCAUGAUUCUCCUGCAAACUCUCACCAGGAUGCACAUUUGUUUCACACUACUGGUUUCGCAGGUCAUCGGAUCAAUCGCGACAAUCUGUGCCAGAGCCUUUGCUCCGAAUAAAAUUGGACCUGGGCCCAUUUCGCCUGAUAUUACGGCAGGCGCGGCCGCUUUGGGAAAUGCGUGGUUUUGGAUUGCGCUGGUAUCUCAGUUGUUAAUCUGGUGA